AUGGAUCGCAAACCAGUGAGCAUCGAGCUUACCUCACAGUUGCACCCUCCUCCCGACCCACGUGAAGCCCUGAGCCGGGUCUUAUCGAGCUCCGUUACUUCUACAGCGUCCUCAUCCGCGUUACUCAACACCGCACAACAGGAAGCUUCAGUUGGCUUCCGUACCAUUGGCUUUGGCCAAUGUGGAAUGGUCUUCGAACGACCCGGUCGAUCAUAUGCUGUCAAAAUCGCUCGACCGUCAUUCGAAAAUGCCCUUUGGGCAGACUUCCAAGCACACUUCGCAAUUUAUCGAGCGUUCAAAAACCAGCAGUCCGUUGAAGUACGCAUUCCCCGGAUUUUGUCAUACGUCACAAAAACCAACGAUAAAUGGUGGGACUCCCAUGUGAAUCUUUUUCAUGGGUCACAUCCUUCUUUCCCUCUGCCUGCAAUGGCCUUGAUCACCGAAAGGAUACUUCCACUGCCUAGGCUUGCUCGACAAGCUCUAAUAGAUGCCUAUUGUCCCGGGCCGUCGCAACUCGCCGCAGCGGCUGAAGACACUAACCGGGAUUGUCUUGCCCGUAUCUAUCUCGGCCGUCGACGUGGUGCGAAUGAUCCUCCGCCACGCAACUUCACAUUGAGAAACUUCAACUUGUGCCUUGAUCAGAUGAUCGAACUGAAUCUUCCUAUUCAGGAUUAUGCCAGAGCUAUUGGGCAGGCCUUGGCGAUCAUGCAUUGGUCGGCAAACGUCGAUGGCUAUGACGUUGAGUUUGUGCUAGGCAGCGAACGUCAGAAAACAUAUACCAAAGAUGUUUCUCGUUCAUUGGGACUCACCCCAGAGCAGGUUAUGAAGAUGCCUCCUAACACAGACAUCGACAACAUGAUACGUGUCAAGUGUCAACGCCGAAGCACUCGCAUCUGGAUUCUAGACUUCAAUUUGUGCAAUAUAUGGGAAGAACGAAUGGGACUUGAAAGGCCGGAUGACUUGGUAGCUCAUCUCGUGGAAGCAUUUUUUGAAAACGACCCAUACUACCCUCGUCCAUCACUGGACCUUGAACCUGAAAAGACUCUCUGGUCUAUGUUCAGCUCGACAUACCGUGAUACAGCAGCGAGUCUAUUGUCAGUCCCAGGAAAAGACUCACGACUCGCAUUGCUUCCGCAGAAGUUUCUUGAUGCUUGUGUGUUACGACAGUCUGAAGAUUCUGCUCAGAGAAAUUGUUGCUAG